AUGGAUGCUGCAGCCCUACUUGACCAGUUCACGCACAAUCUAGCUAACAUUCCAGAUGAAGCGCAGUAUACUCUCAGUCAACUACAAGAGAAAGACGUAGAAUAUGAGAAGGUGCUUUCUCAGAUACACACAGCAGAUUCACAGCUGUUCAAAUAUAUAAAACAGCAUGGCAGUCUAGUGCGACAUCCAAAAGAAGAUGCUCUUACAGAAGAAAUCACCAAAAGCCUUGAACAAGCACGUAAAAUUCAAACAGAGAAAAUUUUGUUGGCCAACACUGCUCUUUUGAACAUUACCAAGCAUGCAACGAAGUUCGACGCCGAUAUCAAACGACUGAUAGAUUCGGGAGCUAUUGAACACUGGGAUGUAAUCGAUGAUGAUAUUGAUAUGGUGGACUUCAUUCCUACUCACGCAGCGGCUUCGAUAAGUGUUGGUAGUCCGAGCUCAUUUGAUACUGCAACUCCUCCUGUUUCGGGUAAACUACUGGAUGAGCUUAAUGGUAUAACAAAGAAGCUGAAUAAUUCUUCGAUUGAGACCAAAGUACAAAGGCCAAUGAAGAAGUCAUCCAGAGAGAAAACCCCGACCACGACUCCUUCUGCUGACGAGUCUACUGCAUCCACUAAAGAGCUGACCCCCGGAAGGAGGCGUGACGUGGCAGCAGGUACAAUAAUUAAGGGACUGAACAGGAGAAUGAUGGGAAAUAGGGUUGGACUGGGUAAUAUGAAUGAAAACGGAGGAACGGGUGGUGAUGACGACGAGCUAUAUUGCUUUUGCCAGCAAGUUUCCUACGGUGCAAUGGUGGCAUGCGAUAAUCCUAGCUGUAAAUACGAGUGGUUUCAUUACGACUGUGUAGGUUUGAAGGAACCGCCAGUGGGAGUAUGGUAUUGUCCAGAAUGUCCGUUAAAUCUUCAAAAUUUGAUCGAUGAUCCAACCUCAUUAUUCACACACAAGGCCUCCGAUGAACAAACAUUUGAUUAUGAAAAUUUGUUACUAAGUCUGAAGGAAAUAGUUGAUCCUGUGAUCAAAUCCAGCGGUGACUGCGUCUUGGAUGAAAUCUAUAUAGAUGGACUAGAUGCCACACAAGUUUGGGGACAAGCAAAGCUAGUUUUUGAUGGUGUUGAAAGGGGAUUGUGGAGCGAUCUUCAGAAUCUCAAAGCUGAAGGUGAUUACAAAGAAGAUAGUGACGAGGAAAAUGACGAAGAAGAUUCUGAAGAAGACUCUGAAGAAGUGCCGUUUGGAGAGAUGAAUGGAAAUGUUAUGGCAGAAGAAGAAGACUCUGAAGAAGAGGAAGAAGCUGGAGAUAAUGAUGGAAGUGAAACAGACCAAGAAGAAGCAGAAGCGUUGGCGGCAAGGGGAGAAGCCUUGGAAGAGGAGGACGAGGAAGAAGAAUCCAACGACGAAGAAGUCGAAGAAGACAAUAAAAACCACAAGUCGGAGGAUUUUGGACUUAAUGAUGAGUUUUUCAAUCUCGAUGAUUACAAACGUCAAGUUCUUGCACUUGAAGACGCUGAUGAUUUCAACGAUGAUGCCGACGGAGAAGACGUUGAUUUGUUUGCAGAUCUUAGCGAUGAUAACGAUGACGAUGAGAUGUACACUUACAACGACUUCUUCGACCCACAGAGUGCUGGAUCAAAGGGACACCCAACACAGAGCAAAGACCAGAAGAAAAAAGGUAAAAGCAAGGGCAAGGGCAAUGGCAAGGGCAAAAAAGGAGAGCUAAAGGAGGAAGAUUAUGAUGCUGCAUAUGAUCUGGCUCAAGCAGAUCUCUAUGGCGAUGAAGGCGAGGAAGACGCAGAAGAGGAGAGUGACGGGGAGGAAGAGGAUUCUGGAAGGGUUAAAGCAAAAACAAAAGCAAGAGGAAGUGGCCAUGGCCAGCAGGACGAGUCCAAGCUUUCCACCUUUGAGAAACAGCAGCGAGAGAUCCAAAAGCAGAUUGCCGAGCUCGAGGCUGAGUCUAUCGCUGAGAAGAAGUGGACAAUGAAAGGUGAGGUGAGCGGGAGACAGAGAGACUCGGACACGCUACUGGAGGAGGAGCUUGAGUUCGACCGGACGGCGAAACCUGUUCCUGUGAUCACUCAAGACGUGACGGAGAGUAUCGAGGAGAUCAUCAAGAGAAGGAUUGUGAGCCAGGAGUUCGACGAGGUGCCAAAGAGGAUAAUAUCUGAGUUGAACAACUUUAAACCCUCGAAGCGGAUGGAUGUGAGCGAGGAGAAGUCGUCCAAGUCGCUUGCCGAGCUCUACGAGGACGAGUAUACACACAAGACCGGGGACGAGGACGCAAACGAGGCGUUGAAGAGCGCCCACGACGAGAUCAGCGAGAUGUUCAAGGACGUGACGUACCAGCUCGACUCGUUGUACUCGUCGCACUUUGUUCCUAGACCGAAGGAGAAGCUGCUUGACGUGCGGGUGCAGACAUCGACCAUCGCGAUGGAGGACGCCCAGCCGCUGACGAUGGCCACGGGAGCCACCCUAGCUCCGCAGGAGGUGUACAAGACCGCCACGAAGGUGGGCAAGGACGAGGUGGUCCUUCGGUCCGGGGUGGUAAUGGCCAAGGCGGAGCUCGAGGGCGACGACAGACAGCGUUUGCACCGGGCGAAGAAGCGGAAGCAGCACAUGCAGAGCAAGGACGAAUCGCAGAAGAAGAAGAAGGUCGAGACCCCGCAGCUCUAG